AUGGGAAAAGUCCACGGAUCCCUCGCUCGUGCCGGUAAGGUCAAGCAGCAGUGCCCCAAAGUCGAGAAGCAGGAGAAGAAGAAGCAGCCUAAGGGUCGCGCAAAGAAGAGGAUGCAAUACAACCGCCGAUUCGUCAACGUCGUUCUCACACCAGGAGGCAAGCGGAAGAUAUUGUCGGCAACCCAGGCGGCUCGCAAGAUUACGAGUCAGUAUCUCAGUGGGGAUUGGGACGUGAUCAAUGCGAAUGUAGUGCGGGGGACUGCUAUUUCCGGAGCGACGCCGUUGGGACAGGACCGAGAGGAGGUGGGUGAGGCAUUAGGCGCCUCAAUCACGGAAAAUGAGUGA